CUCAAAACCAUAUUGCGUUCAGUCUUGAAUGUCCAAACAAGCGCUAAUCUUUUGUAAAUAAAAAAUGUUUUCGUUUAAUCGCUUACAUUUAUUCUUGUUUUGUGUUUUUAAUGUCCUAAUAUGUGUUUUCGGAGCUUCUGAUGAUUGCCCAAGGCCCAAUGACGAAAUAGGAGUUUGUGUAUAUCCCAAAAAUUGUCCCAGUUUGUAUGCUAUUGCAAAGAAACCUGGAAGAACGGAAGCAGAACUAUCGCAUCUAAUUAACAGCAUCUGUUAUUAUUCAGAUACUGAAUAUAAAUUUUGCUGUUCAAAAGGAGAAAUAGAAGAAAAAGAUGUGGAAGAGUGUAUUACACCCGAUGGUAAUGUUGGGACGUGUAUUGACGCGCAAAAAUGUGGCAGCUUAAUGGACCUAAUAGUAAAGCCGGUGAGAACAGCAAAAGAGGACAAUCACCUACGAAGUUCCAUUGAGCAAUGCAAAAAUACGGCAGAAACGCAUAAUAUAUGCUGCCCUAAAACUGCACAGAGAGAAUUUCCUAAGGAUCCGAUUGAUAAGGUCAAUCAGACAUGUCUAACAACAAAUGGCGAAAACGGUGUUUGUACGACUCUCGCGAAUUGCCCGCCUCUCUCAAAUACUCUUCAAAUAGAUCCCCGCUCACAGCAAGCAAAAUUCCAGUACUUCUCUGAGGAAUGUGAAGGUACAGGUGAAUUGGUAUGUUGCCCGCAAGACGAAGAUUCCACUGAUAAUGCCUCAGAACCACCUGAAGAGCAACCAGCUCUGAAUCAACCAUGCCAAACUCCCCACGGUGUGAAUGGCAUUUGUACGAUCCUUGAAAGUUGCCCACCAGUGUCAGCAAUUUACAACGCAGAGAAUUCAACACAGGAAAUGCUACAGUUUCUUCAAGAUAGUGAAUGUGCUAAUGGCAGUGGGUAUUGUUGCCCCAUAGAGCAGGUGGUGGAGCAGACCACAGAAGCCACAACUACAGUAGCACCCCUGCCGGAAGUCUGUGAAACUGUUAAUGGCCAAAAUGGCACCUGCAUAUCCCUCAUACACUGCGAACCGCUUAUGAAAAUAAUGCAGAAACCCGAAUUUGCCGAGGCUGAUGUUAAGUAUUUAAAUGCCAGUUUUUGUGGUGAUGCGCCAAAUUUUCCGAAAGUAUGUUGUCCACCUCCAGUUGCUGAGGCCAUUCUACCACAACCACCAUACUGUGGUAGAGUGUCUGGUGCCGAAAACGAUCUCAAUGCUGCGGUAAUGGCUAACAGCGAUGAAUAUCCUUGGACAGCGCUGCUCUUAUACAAAAAUAGGAAAGGACAAACCAGUUUCUACUGCGGCGGCACCCUCAUCCACGAACGCUUCGUGCUCACCGCAGCGCAUUGCCUCGAUGUGGAGCGGAGAACGUACAAUUUAACCGCUGUCCGCAUGGGCGCUUGGGCGUCAGCUGAAAUCGAAGUUUGUAAAGAAGAUCAGAUUCCCGAAGAGGUGGGCUGUGCGCCGCCUUACAUCGAUGUGGCGGUGAGCAAAGUCAUUAAACAUCCACAAUAUGAUUCGGUGAAUAAUGAUUUGGCUUUGUUGCGACUGGAACAUGUCGUGCCUGCGACACGCUACAUUGCACCGCUAUGCCUGCCCUAUGAGAGCCAUUAUAUGGCGGAUAUAUUCAACACACCGCUGCUGUACACUGCCGGUUGGGGGCUGAACAUGUUGGGGCAACCGGCACAAUUCAAAAUGAAGACACCUUUUGCUGUGGAAAAUUUUGCCAACUGCCAAAAGAAAUAUUUGGCUAAUGCAGUUGAGUUGAAAUCGGAGAGUCACACGUGUGCCGUUGCUAAAAAGCUAGCUGAUAAUGUAUUCCUAGAUAGUGGCGGUGCGUUAAUGUCCUUGACAAAAAUUGGCAAGCAACAGGCGUACUUUUUAGUUGCCGUGGAUACUUUGAACUAUGAAGAGGCUUUGCAAAGUGGCUUCCCUGGCGUAUUUACGCAUAUAAGCGGUUAUUUGGACUGGAUAAAGCGAGAAAUCAGUGGAAAUUUAAUUUAAGGAUUUUUUUUAGAUAUUUGCUGGCUCUGUAGCUUUUGCCAAAUGGCUUGUAUUAACGUUCCAUUGUAUUUAAAGUAAA